AUGUCUUAAUAUAGACCAUAAAGAAUCAAUAUUUCUCGAACUACAUAGCCAUAAUAAGAUAGUUUAUUAUUAGAUAAUGAACAAUUGAAAAGUCCAUAAUUUGCAUAAGAAUAAAGGUAAGACUUAAUGUAUAUUAAUUAAUUUUAUAGUACUCUCCCUAGAAGUACUUAUAGAACACCAGAUGCAAGAGUUAAUCAUUUUGAUGGUAUAUAAAAUGAAGAAAUAUAUAAGAAAAAGUAUAUAGAAAAACUUAUUAUAGAAUAAAUGAAUUGUAAAGAUAAAAUGAUGAUUUAAGAGAAAAGUAUUUAUAGGUAUCAAGUGAAAAUUAAGUGAUAAUAUAAGAAUAAAGAGAAGAAAUUGAAUAAUAUUAAAAUGAAGUUAAUAUAUUGAAAGAGUAAUUGAUGUAAAAGGAAAUUGAAAUGAAAUAGUUAAAUGAUUUAAAUCAAUCUUUAAAAUAAGAAAUUAGUGAUUGGGAGGGUAUUAUUAUAACUUAAUCAAUAUUCAAUAGUGGGUUUUGAUAAAUUGGAAUAAGAUUAUAAUCAUAAACUUAAAAUUGAAGAUGAUUCUUAAAGAAUAUUAUCAGAAGUGUAACUAUUGAAUGAAGAAAAUUAGAAAUUGUAAGAAGAAUAUCAAGAAAAAGAUAGACUAUAUAAUUAAUGCAAAUAAUAAUUAUAAAGUAUUCAAAUUGAUUUGAAUUAAUUGUAAUAAGAUAGUUAGUACAAUCAAGAAUUAUUGAUUUAAAAAGAUAGGGAAAUUCAUGAACUAAAAUAAUAGAUUGAAAGGAAUAAGGAACAAUCAAGAAAACAAUAAGAAUUUUCAAAUAAAGUAUAUAAUUUUUAUUCUAAAUUUUUAGUAAGAUCUAUUGACUAAGGAAGUAUAAAAGUUGAAUCAAUAAGUAAAAUAAUUGUAAAAGGAAAAUUAAGAUUUGAAGAAUGAAAAACAAUUAAUUUCUUUGGAACUAUAAGAAAAUAGAGCUAAUCCUGAAUAUUUGAGCAAAAUCAAUCUUUUAGGAUAGGUAUAUCAAUUCUAUAAUAUCAGGAAGUUGAAAGAUUAAAUAAUACAUUAGCAUUAAAGAGUCGAGAAUUAAAUGAUUAUAAAGCUUAGAUUAAUAGAAUGCAGAAAGAAAUCUAAAAUUUAAGAAUGAAUGAAUUUCAAUUACAAGAUAUGAAUAUGAGUUUGGAUAACUUAAUUAAUCAAUAUAAUAAAUUGAAAGAUGACAAUUAAAUACUAAAAUAAUAAAUAUCAUAAAAAUAAAAUAAAAUCAAUACAGAAUUAGAUAAGAAAAUUUAAAUACUUUAAUAAGAAUGUGAAAAACUUUCAUUAUAACUCAAUUCUAGUAAAAAAGAGAAUGAUUAUUUAAGAGAAUAAUUAAAUAUAUCAUCUUAAUUAGAAGAUACAAAUAGAUUAUUAAAAUCUUAAGUAGAUAAAUUAUAAAUGUAAACUAAAUAGCUUGAAAAUGAAAGAUAAAGUUUAAUGCAAGAAUAUCAAUUACUAUCAAAUAGUUACAAUAAUUAAAAGUUUAAUUAUUCCUAAUUACUACAAGAAUAAUAAGAAAACAAUGAUUCAGUAUUGUAUAUUAAUUAAUACAAAAUAGGUUCUCCAAUUAAAAAAUGAAAUAUAAAGAUUAUAAAAGAUAAUACAAGAUACAAUUGAUAAAAACCCAAAUAAUAGUAAUCAUUAAGAUAUUAUACAAUAAUUAUAAAAAGAUUUAGAAAUAGCUAAUAAAUAAAUUCCUUUAUUGAAAUAAACAAUUUAAAAGUUAAAAAAUGAAUUAGAUAUAACAAAAGAGUUUAUUACUUAAAAUCAAUAUGAAUAAUCAUAAAGUCAAAUAGAUUUUAAUAAUUAAAAGAAUAAAGAUAGAUUGUAAUAGCCUAUAAUUUAAUAGGAUUAAAAAUUGAUUGAUAAAUUAUAGAAAUAUGAAAUAAGAUUUCCUCAAUUAGUAGAAGAAAUAGAGAGACUUAAUAAAAUAUUGACAGAAAGAAAUGAAGAAAUAUUGAUUUAUAAAAAGAAUUCUUUUUAAUCUGAUUAAGUAUUGGAGAAAGUAAAUGCAUAUGAAGGAGAAAUAGAGAGAUUAAGAUAGACAAUAUUAUUAAAAUAAUAAACAAUAGAUUCAUUAUAAUAAUAGAAAGAGAAUCCUGGUGUUUAAGAUUUAAUUUUUAAAUUACAAGAUGAAAAUAGAAGAUUAACAAAUUUAGUGAGUGUUAGGAAUAAUGAGAUUGCUGAACUUAAAUUUAAAUUAUCAGAAUAUGAAUAGAAAUAAAAAUUAUUAAGUGAAUCUAAUUCUGGAAAAUAUGAAUUAUAGAAUAUGAUAUUAAAUUAGGAAAUUGAUUAAUUGAAUUAGAAAUUGUUAGAUGCAAAGAAUGAAAUAAGUUUAUUAAAAUUAACAAAAAAUGAUAAAUUUAAUGAAGAAAGAGUAAUAGAUUUAUAUAAAUUAUAAUUAGGGGAAAGUAUUAACAUAAGAAUUAGAGAAAUAAAUAAGGAUUAAUAAGGAGAAUGAAAAAGAAUUAUUGAGUUUAAGAUCAAAAUUUGCAGAAGUUGUAGAUGCUGAAAGAAAAUUAAUUGAUUGUAAAUGUCUAUUAGUUUUAUUGUAUAAUGAAUUAGAAAGACUGAAUUAAGAAAAAUAAAAUGAUAAUUUGUUAUUUUGA